AUGUCGUCCGACGCGAAGCUCGUCCGAGGUGCUCUGCAGAGGAACCCCAACCACAUCCGUAACGGCCUCAAGUCCUACGUUCAUGCUCUGCAGAAAUGGAACAUCGGUCCCUCGGUCGAAGGUCCCUAUUGCAGAGUGAAUCAAGUCCACCAGCAAGGCUCCCAGGCCAUUUUCAAGCAAACCGGCAAGCGUGUUGGCGGCAGAGCUCAUGUUCGAAGCCAUGUUCUCGCCAAGAAAGACCCAUCCAGUGGUCAGAACGGCAACGUCCCAGCAGAAGAUAUCGAAAACAAUGCAGAAUACCUGGCCACCGUCACGAUCGGUACGCCCGGCCAGCAGCUCGCGUUGGACUUUGACACAGGCAGCGCCGAUCUAUGGGUGUGGAGCACUGAACUACCGUCUUCCCUCACAGGACAGGCUGGCGACAACAAGCACACAAUCUUCGACCCGAAGAAGAGCUCCACUUUCCAAAAGACUUCUGGUUCGACAUGGUCAAUCUCGUAUGSCGAYGGCUCGACUGCGUCCGGUGAUGUAGGAACCGACAACGUCACUGCCGGAGGUCUUGUGGUCGAGAACCAGGCUAUCGAGCUGGCGAAGACUUUGAGCACGCAAUUCGCGCAAGGACCUGGUGAUGGUCUUCUUGGUCUUGCUUUCGGUUCCAUCAACACAGUACAGCCUGGUCCUGUCAACGCUCUGGUCGAGAACAUGAUUGCUCAAUCCGAUUUCCCAAAGGACACGGAGCUCUUCACUGCUUAUCUUGGUAGCACCGGUGUGGCUAGUAGCAGCUCGACUGGAUCUUCUUCAAGCACCGAUGCCACCAGCUUCUAUACGUUUGGGUACAUUGACCAGGACGCUUUGGAUGGCCAGACGCCAACCUACACUCCAGUCGACAGCUCUCAGGGCUUCUGGACAUUCGAUAGCGCCUCAGCAAAGGUUGGUGACAAGACCAUAAAAAGGACUGGCAACACCGCAAUUGCCGACACUGGUACGACCCUCGCUCUGGUGGGAGACGACUUGUGCAAGGCGGUCUAUGGUGCCAUCAAAGGCGCCAAGCAGAGCUCUCAGCAGCAGGGAUGGGUCUUUCCCACCAGCACAGAUCUCGCAUCCUUGCCGAAGAUCCAGGUCGCUGUCGGUGAUGCAUUCUUCACCAUCAACCCAGAGGAGCUCCCAUUCCAAGAUCUCGGCGAUGGCACAUACUACGGCGGUAUUCAAUCUCGUGGUGACCAAGGAUUUGACAUCCUCGGUGAUGUCUUCUUGCGCUCCGUCUAUGCCAUCUUCGAUCAGGGCAACASUCGCUUUGGCGUAACGCAGCGGCCUUCCACGCUCCGGAAUGGCUCGUCAGAUGCGCCUUCUUAUUGA